AUGGCGGCAGCAAUGGCGUUCCCCCUCACCUUCCAAGGAUGCAGAUCUCAGACCGCCAUGGAUUCUCUUCAGAUGAGGUCCAUCAACGGCAGGCCACUCGCGCCGCCCUCGUGGCAGCCCAAGAGGGGGCCUCCGGCCACCAAGUCCGGCCCAAGCUCCGUCGUCGUCUGCGGGAAGGGGAUGAACAUCGUCUUCGUCGGAGCCGAGAUGGCUCCCUGGAGCAAAACCGGAGGCCUCGGCGACGUCCUCGGCGGCCUUCCUCCGGCCAUGGCUGCAAACGGGCACAGAGUCAUGACCAUUGCUCCUCGAUACGAUCAGUACUAUGAUUCCUGGGACACAAGCGUUCUGGUCGAUGUAAAAGUCGGUAAUCGAAUCGAAAGAGUUCGAUACUUCCAUUGCUACAAAAGGGGAGUCGACAGGGUGUUUGUCGAUCACCCUCUGUUCCUCGCAAAGGUUUGGGGCCAAACCGGCGGCAAGCUAUACGGCCCUACGGCCGGAACCGACUUUGAAGACAACCAGCAAAGAUUCAGCCUUUUCUGUCAGGCAGCUUUGUUGGCUCCAAAGGUCCUUCAUCUCAAUAACAGCAAGUACCACUCUGGGCCCUACGGGGAGGAUGUUAUUUUCGUCGCAAACGAUUGGCACACCGGUCCUCUUCCUUGCUACUUGAAGAGCAUGUACCAAUCACAAGGGAUCUACAUGAAUGCUAAGGUUGCUUUCUGCAUUCAUAACAUCGUCUACCAGGGUCGAUUCGCUUUCUCAGACUAUGAAAUUCUCAAUCUGCCCGAGAGAUUUAAGUCCUCUUUCGAAUUCACCGAUGGGCAUAAGAACCCGGUGAAAGGAAGGAAGAUCAAUUGGAUGAAGGCUGGGAUCAUAGAAUGUGACAAAGCAGUCACUGUCAGUCCCUACUACGCGCAAGAACUCGUUUCAGGAGAAGAGCGAGGAGUCGAAUUGAACAACAUUCUUCGCGCCAAAGGCAUCGGCGGAAUCACAAACGGGAUGGACAUCAACGAGUGGAAUCCGUCGACCGACAAAUACAUCACCGCAAAAUUCGAUGCCACCACCGCAAUGCGAGCAAAGCCAGUGAACAAGGAAGCUUUACAAGCCGAAGUAGGAUUGCCGGUCGACCGAAACAUCCCUCUCAUCGCCUUCUGCGGUAGAUUAGAAGAGCAGAAAGGAUCAGAUAUCUUCGCGGCAGCUAUUCCCGAAUUCAUCAAUGAGAAUGUCCAAGUGAUAGUGCUUGGAACCGGCAAGGGGAAGAUGGAGAGGGAGCUCGCCCAACUCGAAGCCAAGUACCCGAACAAAGUGAGAGCUCAUAUGAAGUUCAAUGUUCCUUUGGCACAUCUGAUCAUGGCAGGAGCCGAUCUUCUUGCUAUUACAAGCAGAUUUGAGCCUUGUGGCCUCAUUCAGUUCCAAGGCAUGAGAUAUGGAGUUCCAUCGAUAUGUGCCUCUACCGGUGGACUUGUCGACACGGUGAGAGAUGGAAUCACCGGGUAUCAUAUGGGUGUCUUCAGUGCCAAUUGUGAUUAUGUCGAUAAAGAUGAUGUUCGAAGGGUCGUUGAAGCCGUGAGGAGGGCCCUUGCCGUCUACCAAACGCCUAUGUUCGCGCGAAUGAUAACGAAUUGCAUGAACCAAGAUCUUUCCUGGAAGGGGCCGGCGAAGAGGUGGGAGGAGUUCCUGCUCGGCUUGGGGGCAAGUGGAAGUGAGCAAGGAUUCGACGGGGAGGAAAUUGCUCCUCUCGCAAAGGAAAAUGUGGCUGCUCCUACUCCUCGAGAGCUGAUUCGAGUCUAG